GAUUAUUUCUAAUUAUCACCCUCUUGUUUCCUCUCCGCCUGCUCUAUUCACAACAAACCUAAAAUAAAAAUGUCUUCCACUGUUGCUCCCGGCUCCAAGGGUAAGGUCCUGCUGGCCUACUCCGGAGGUCUCGACACAUCAUGCAUUCUCGUCUGGCUGAUUGAGCAGGGCUACGAGGUGCUCGCCUACAUGGCCGACGUCGGCCAGGAGGAGGACUUUGAAGCCGCGCGCGAGAAGGCCCUGAAGGUCGGCGCCACCAAGGUGUUUGUCGAGGAUCUCCGCCGUGAGCUCGUCGAGGAGCUGAUCUACCCCACCAUCCAGGCAAACGCCGUCUAUGAGUCCGUCUACCUCCUCGGUACAUCCAUCGCCCGCCCCGUCAUUGCCCGGUCGCAGGUUGCCAUUGCCAAGCGCGAGGGCUGCGCCUUUGUCUCCCACGGUUGCACCGGUAAGGGUAACGACCAGGUCCGGUUCGAGCUCGCCUACUACGCUCUCGACCCUAAGCUGCAGGUCAUUGCCCCGUGGCGUAUCCCCGAGUUCUACAAGCGCUUCCCUGGCCGUAACGCUCUUCUUGAGUACGCCGCCCAGACGAACGUGCCCGUUUCACAGACCCCCAGCAAGCCCUGGUCGACUGACGAGAACAUGUUCCACAUCUCGUACGAGGCCGGUAUCCUGGAGGACCCCAACGUCACUCCCCCCAAGGACAUGUGGAAGCUCACUGUUGAUCCCGAGGAGGCGCCCAACACGCCCGAGCGCAUCACCAUUACCUUUAAGGCCGGUAUCCCCGUGCGCGUCACCAACGAGGCUGACGGAACCGACGUCACCGACGCCCUUGAGCUCUUCCUGUACCUGAACACCGUCGCUCGCCGCAACGGUGUUGGCCGCAUUGACAUUGUUGAGAACCGGUUCAUCGGUAUCAAGUCCCGUGGCUGCUACGAGACUCCCGGAGGCACCAUCCUGCGCGCCGCCCACAUUGACCUCGAGGGUCUUGUCCUUGACCGCGAGGUCCGCGCCUACCGCGACGAGCACAUCACCCCGGUGUUUGGCAAGAUCAUGUACAACGGCUUAUACUUCUCGCCCGAGGGUGAUCUCAUCACCAAGAUGGUUCCCCUGACCCAGGGCAACGUCAACGGCUCCGUCCGCGUCAAGCUCUACAAGGGCACCGUCUCCAUGGAGGGCCGCUGGAGCGAGACUGAGACUCUGUACGACAUGGAGCAGUCCUCCAUGGAUGUCCAGGGUGACUUUGAGCCCACUGAUUCCGAUGGCUUCAUCAAGAUCCAGAGCAUCCGUCUGAAGAAGUGGGGUGCUACCCUGCAGAAGUAAAUUUGCGUUUGUAUGCGUUUAGACAAAGCAGACGGACUGUUCUCAUUUACUUAAAAAAAAGCAAGUUUUCUUGUUCUGACAAUAAAAAUAAGAUGUAUAUUUGG